CCUUCAAUUGCCCCAGGUUGCCUGGACUUUUUACCUAGAGUUAUCAAGGCUAGGAAAACCACGGUUUCAGUCUAUGCUUUUUUGAUCAGCGAGCUGCCUUUUGUCAUUGGAGAUUCCAAGCAAGAACUACACCAGUAGACAUGAAUGUUUCCCGAAAUGCCUACUACACAUCCGAAUAUCUCAAGGAUCAGCGCUAUGGGCAAGAAAAAGUGUUAAAGAUCCAGCCAGGGGCAGUUCCGAGUCACGUGGCACCACCAGAUCUGACGAGGUGCCGACAGCAAUCCACUCAGCCGAAGUUUCCUUGGCCAGAAACACAAGCCCAAUUUGCCAAUCGAGCAAAGCCCCGAAAAGGACACGAUGAUCUUGACAGCCAAAUGACCCCCGCACAGCUAAACCACAUAGCUCUAAAAACUAAGCAGCGGCGAGAUUCUCGGUCCCUUGUGGACUACCAAGAUUAUUAUAGCUCGAGACAUGCACGUGGAACAAGGAAUGUACCACAAAGCACUGGUACCGUAAAACAUGGCAACACCAUGCUGUUUCUGAACAAUGCAGCCGAGACAGAAAAUAGAAACAUGGCAGAAUACCCAUACAAUGCUUACGAUGGUGCAUUUUUCGAGGGUGACGACACUUCGCUGUAUGCGAAUCAUGGGCGAUUUUCCGCCCCCAUCGACCUUCAGAAGCAACAUGGGAGGGCUAAAAGCAUAAAACCUAACCUUACCCAAGAAAGGCCCACGGACGUGUACAAUGCAGGAAAAAACGGCCGAUCGAGUCCAAUGGAUGUUGUGUUCGAGGACCCCAGUAAGCGAGACUUGACCAAGAAACAGAAGGUCACACAAGCCUUCAGGCAGAUGAAAACCAAGUUGGGGAGAACCGAAUAUGCUCACUACGACUACAGCCAGGGCAUGGCGCAUGAUGAGCCCGAAAGCUUGGUUGUCCGAAGCGAAUACGGCGACCCGGAACUGGACGAACUGUCCCCAGAGCCAGGGGAUCAAUUUCGAGACCAAGGUGAGUCCGGGCUGGCCUUGAGGCCGCACGCAAAAGAGAACAACGACUCAGACGACUGGCGCUCUUCUUUUUCUGGGGUGAAAGAAACGAUCCACGGUGAAUGGAAGAGGCUUCAAGCUUCGCUGGCGUCAGAUGUUCCGAGGAACGGCGGCGAAGGACCCAACGGGCGAUUCACACACGGCCAUUCAGAAGAUGGUCCUCAUGUUCUGUGUGAGAACGCAGCCCCCAGGAUUCCGGAGGAUACCAAUGGAUUCAAUCCGUUGUGGAGCUACAUGCUUUCAUGGCUCGUAUAUCAAUCGUGCGACGGUGCCGCAGAUACGAGUGAAGGGAAAAUCUCCGAGAUUCGGGACGAAGACGAGAACACUACAUCAGCUCCAGCCCGGCAGCUUGAGCCUUACAGGAGCACCGGUGGCGAAGCUAAAAAUCCAGGCGAAAGACGCCUCAAGAGAGUUGGCAAGAAAUACAGAGGCAUCUUGCUGAAAUGGAACCAGCCUGCGCUGAGCCGAAAGAACAUGGUCAAGACAACGGCACAUGGGAUGGUCAAUAGGGACCACCGUUUGGAUGUGGCUGAAAGCGGGGUGGAUGCCGAGACUGUGCCCAGCCACGAAUGCGAAGCAUAUGAAUCGGACCUUCCGGGCAGCCCCAUGGCCACUGCACAAUUGCAUGAGGGCUCGCCGACCGUGAUCAUCUCCAACAUCAAUAAGCUCAUCAAAAACAUCAAGAUCAUGCGGAUCCUUUUUGCGCCGAUCGACGUGGUGGCGGAGAAUUUCCCCCGGCUCCAGACGUUUGUGAUAUUCAUCGAGCUUUUCAUCUUCAUGUGGAUCUUGUAUGAGCUUUCUCUACUCAUUGAUGCGUUAUGCAUGGCGGUGAAGGCGGUGUGUGCUCCGAUGAUUGCCGUGGGGAAGUUCAUGAAUCGAAUAGUGUGACAGGCCCGCCAGUGCUCUUUCUGUCAGCUUCAAGGUUUUUUUAGGGAUUACUUGAUUGAAACUAUUGAAUGGGGGAUCCGCAACGUGUGCUUAUUCAACGAUUAUCCAACGAGAGGCAGCGAGUGUUUAUUGAUGAGAGAUAUUCAGCGAGUGAUCAGUGGGGAUAUUCAGAGAAUGGUUUAGAGGGAGAGAUUCGACGAGGGAUUUUUCAAUGGGAAUCCUCCAGUGGGAAAUGACCCAACGAAGUAUUAUCAACGAAAUACCCUUCAAC